UUCCAGCCCUGCGUUUCCAAUCUUGCCUCCCUAAUACCCGACCGGGCGCUCCCAGUUUUAGGAGCAGACGUGGAUUUGUAACCCACCACACAUGAUGGACCCGUCCGUAGCUGAGAUGCUUCCCAGAGGGAGAAUGUUGUGGAUCAUUCUUCUAAGCACACUUGCUCUAGGAUGGACUACCCCGAUUCCCCUGAUCGAGGACUCGCAGGAAAUAGAUGAACCCUGUUUCGAUCCAUGCUACUGCGAAGUUAAAGAAAGCCUUUUUCAUAUACAUUGUGACAGUAAAGGGUUUACGAAUAUUAGUCAGAUUACAGAGUUCUGGUCAAGACCUUUCAAACUUUAUCUGCAGAAGAAUUCCAUGAGGAAAUUAUACACCAACAGUUUUCUUCAUUUAAAUAAUGCUGUGUCCAUUAACCUUGGGAACAAUGCAUUGCAGGACAUUCAAACAGGAGCUUUCAAUGGUCUUAAGAUUUUAAAGAGGCUAUAUCUGCAUGAGAACAAAUUAGAUGUUUUCAGAAAUGAUACUUUCCUUGGCUUGGAAAGUCUAGAAUAUCUACAAGCAGAUUACAAUGUCAUUAAACGUAUUGAAAGUGGGGCAUUUCGGAACCUAAGUAAAUUGAGAGUUCUCAUUUUAAAUGAUAAUCUUAUCCCCAUGCUUCCCACGAACUUGUUUAAGGCUGUGUCUUUAACGCACUUGGACCUGCGUGGGAACAGGCUGAAAGUUCUCUUUUACCGAGGCAUGCUGGAUCACAUUGGCAGGAGUCUCAUGGAGCUCCAGCUGGAAGAGAAUCCUUGGAACUGCACCUGUGAGAUUGUACAACUCAAGAGUUGGCUGGAGCGCAUUCCUUACACUGCCCUGGUGGGAGACAUCACUUGUGAGACACCUUUCCAUUUCCAUGGGAAGGACCUUCGUGAAAUCAGGAAGACAGAGCUCUGCCCCUUGCUGUCUGACUCUGAGGUGGAGGCUAGCUUGGGUAUCCCCCAUUUGACAUCAAAUAAGGAGAACGCAUGGCCAACUAAGCCCUCCUCCAUGUUGUCCUCUGUCCAUUUUACUGCUUCUUCUGUUGAAUACAAAUCCUCAAAUAAGCAGCCUAAACCCACCAAACAGCCCCGAACCCCAAGGCCACCAUCUACAUCUCAAGCUUUGUAUCCGGGUCCAAACCAACCUCCUAUCGCACCUUACCAGACCAGGCCGCCGAUUCCCAUUAUAUGUCCUACAGGGUGCACCUGUAAUUUGCACAUCAAUGACCUUGGAUUGACUGUCAACUGCAAAGAAAGAGGAUUUAAUAAUAUUUCAGAACUUCUUCCGAGGCCAUUGAAUGCCAAGAAACUGUACCUGAGUAGCAAUCUCAUUCAGAAAAUAUACCGUUCUGAUUUUUGGAAUUUUUCUUCCUUGGAUCUCUUGCAUCUGGGAAACAACCGCAUUUCUUACGUCCAGGACGGGGCCUUCAUAAACCUGCCCAACCUAAAGAGCCUCUUUCUCAAUGGCAAUGACAUAGAGAAGCUGACACCAGGCAUGUUCCGAGGCCUACAGAGUUUGCACUACUUGUACUUUGAGUUCAAUGUGAUACGAGAAAUCCAGCCUGCAGCCUUCAGCCUCAUGCCCAACUUGAAGCUGCUUUUCCUCAACAACAACCUGCUGCGGACCCUCCCCACAGACGCCUUUGCAGGCACAUCUCUGGCCAGGCUCAACCUGAGGAAGAACUACUUCCUGUAUCUCCCUGUGGCUGGCGUCCUGGAACACCUGAACGCCAUUGUUCAGAUAGACCUCAAUGAGAAUCCCUGGGAUUGCACGUGUGACCUGGUCCCCUUUAAACAGUGGAUCGAGACCAUCAGCUCGGUCAGUGUGGUCGGUGAUGUGCUGUGCAUGAGCCCUGACAACCUCACCCACCGUGAUGUGCGCACUAUCGAACUGGAAGUUCUGUGCCCAGAAAUGCUGCACGUCGCACCACCUGGGGCAUCCCCGGCCCAGCCUGGAGACUCCCACCUUGGGGGCCCAACAAGUGCAUCGCCCUAUGAGUUCUCACCCCCUGGAGGCCCCGUGCCACUGUCCGUAUUGAUUCUCAGCCUGCUGGUUUUGUUUUUCUCGGCGGUCUUUGUGGCCGCAGGCCUCUUUGCCUAUGUGCUCCGCCGCCGAAGGAAGAAGCUGCCCUUCAGAAGUAAGCGGCAGGAGGGCGUGGACCUCACCGGCAUACAGAUGCAGUGCCACCGGCUCUUCGACGACGGUGGAGGUGGAAGCGGUGGUGGCGGUGGCAAUGGCGGUGGAGGCCGGCCAGCUCUCUCCUCCCCAGAGAAGGCUCCUCCCGUGGGCCAUGUGUAUGAGUACAUUCCACAUCCAGUUACCCAGAUGUGCAACAACCCCAUCUACAAGCCCCGUGAGGAGGAAGAGGUGGCUGUUGCGGCAGGCCAGGAAGCAGGGGGUGCAGAGCGUGGGGGUCCUGGGACACAACCGCCUGGAAGGAGCGAGGUUGUCCUAGGAAGUGAGCAGUUUACGGAGACGCCCGAGGAGAACCGCGGCAACUGCCGGACUUUGCUGGAGAAGGAAAAGGAGUGGGCUCUGGCAGUGUCCGGCUGCCAGCUCAGCACCAUAGUGACGGUCAACCACCACCACCAUCCUCACCACCCAGCAGUGGGCGGUGUUUCCGGGGUAGUUGGGGGGUCCGGGGGAGACUUGGCUGGGUUCCGUCACCGUGAGAAGAAUGGCGGGGUGGUGCUGUUUCCUCCAGGGGGAGGCUGUGCUGGUGGCACUAUGCUACUAGACCGAGACAGGCCCCAGCCGGCCCCAUGCACGGUGGGAUUCGUGGACUGCCUUUACGGCACAGUGCCCAAGUUAAAGGAACUGCAUGUCCACCCUCCUGGCAUGCAAUACCCAGACUUACAGCAGGAUGCCAGGCUGAAAGAAACCCUUCUGUUCUCAGCUGGAAAGGGCUUCACAGACCACCAAACCCCCAAAAGUGAUUACCUCGAGUUAAGGGCCAAACUUCAAACCAAGCCGGAUUACCUCGAAGUCCUGGAGAAGACGACAUACAGGUUCUGACAGAAAGCUGAAAAUAAAUCAGUGUUUUGGUUUUUGGUUUUGUUUUGUUUUGCUUUUGAAAAGAAAAGGAAAAUAAAAGAAAUCUGCCCCUUCCUCCCUUGCCAUUGGUCCCGAUAACUCCAUCCUCACUCUCUCUGCCGGUCACAGGACUGACAUGGCAUCACAACUCGCGAUACAGAUGUCUGCUCUCCUCUCGCAGAAGGGUUCUGGAGGAAGAGCCACACUCAGACCAUUAAUCAAUGAAGUGCCUUCGCAGACUUUUGCCAGCAAAUGUUAUCAUUAUUUUUUUACACUGAAACUUGAGACUUUGACUGUGCCAUGUAUAAGGUAUACUGGGGAUCGUUGUAUUGAUCCUAAUUCAGAAAAAUUCAAGUGUCUUUUAUUUUCAGUAACCUUUUUUUUUUCUUUAGUUAUAGUUUUGUUCAAAAGGGAGGGGGGGGGAACAAAUAGAUACUUGUGGCUUUCUUUCCUCUUCCAGUCAUGGCACAGUUUCUGUACAUGUAUUAACGAUGCAGUUUGCGCAUGCCUGGAAACCGCAAGAUGGGGAGGGAGGGGGCGGGUCUUGCUCGAAUGUU